AUGGACCCCCAACCACCCACAACUAGCUCUCAAACUGAGCAUGCCAGUAAAGGCGGCCAGUCGUCUCCAGAUGUGAACGCAAAUGCCGCAACGCGUCGUCCAAGCAGUAUAUACGCCUUGCAGGUGCAGGCUUUCCUUGAUGCUGCUGAAGCAGUAGACGUAGAUGCCGAUGUCGUGGAAGACCUUCUCGAAGGCUUUGUUGGUGAUAUCCACAGCGACAGCAACGACGACACCGACGUGGUAGAUGUAGGACCAGCAUACUAUGGCGGCGAGAACGAAGACGAGAAUGCUUCAGAAUGGGAAGGACUACUGCGCGAAGCCCAGUCUGCAUGGACUAAAGAACAGAUCAAGGGCAUGAAGAUGCUGCUGAAGGAAUCAGGAAUGUCCGCUUUCAUCAACAAGUACAUCGUGACAGAAGCCGCUCCCAUUCCCAAGCUGCUUUACGCAUUCGGCAUAUGCCUCUGUCCGGAGCUGAGACAGAAACGCCCGAAGACAUUGAUGUACUUCUUGAGAGUAGCUUUGUCACGCGAGCUGCAGUUGCGGGAACGGCUACAACAUCUGAAUGACAUCGACGAUGCUGUCGCCCUUAUUCAGAGCCGCAGACGAAUUCUUCUUCUGACAGGCGCAGGUAUAAGUGUUUCAUGCGGAAUACCUGACUUUCGGUCCCGCAAUGGGCUGUAUGCAAGUCUCCAACAGAGCGGGGACUAUGAUCUAGACGACCCACAGCAAAUGUUCGAUAUAACUUACUUCCGCGAGAAUCCUGCAAGUGAGGCCAAAAUAUACCCAUCAAAUUUUAUACCCUCACCUUGUCAUCGCUUCAUCAAGGCUAUAGAAGAUAGAGGAAAGAACUACACACAGAAUAUCGACACAUUGGAAACAUUAGCGGGCGUUAAGCGCGUGCUUCAAUGUCACGGAAGCUUUGCGACAGCAUCCUGUCUUAAUUGCAAAGUCCGUGUCCCGGGAAUCGCGAUAGAAGACGAUAUCCUCAACCACAGGGUCCCGCUCUGUAAAAUAUGUAGCGCGGACAUAGAGGCUUCCGUGACUGCGCCGAGCAAGUCGUUACCUAAGAAGCAGGGCAAAAGCUCCGGAUGGAACAGCAACGAGUCGGAUGAACCGGACGUACCCUUAUAUCCGCCAUGGGUCAUGAAGCCCGAUAUUACUUUCUUUGGUGAGAAACUCAGCGACGAGUUCGACCGGUCAUUGCUGGCAGAUCGUCAAGAGAUAGAUCUACUGAUUGUCAUCGGGACCUCGCUGAAAGUUUCUCCUGUCUCGGAUAUCAUUGCACAUCUGCCACACUCCGUACCGCAGAUCCUGAUCAACAAGACGCCAGUAAAACACAUCAAUCCUGACAUUAUCAUGCUGGGAAAUGCGGACGAUAUUGUGCUCCAUCUGUGUAGAAAGCUCGGGUGGGACCUGCCUGCCUACAUCGGUAACGGUACAAGCCUUGCCGUGCCGAACCCCGAAACUGGCGUCCUGAAGAAGCGACGAUCGUCGGAUUUCGAGGGGCCGGAGCCACAGCGGGUUGGAAACAGUCAUGUGUGGCUAUUCGAAGGUGCCGAGGGGGGGAAAUGGGUAGAGGAGCUGGCUCAGAAGACACAGGUCGUCGAAGAAGCUCCUGAGGAGUCAUACAGCUCCGAGGCAGACGACCCAUCGUACGUGUCGGGCCCUAAGAGGCAACGGAAAUCCAAGAAAGCACGCACGCAGUAAGGACCCACUCGUGGACGUCAUCGUCGCAACCGCAGGCGGAAAGCGUUCUUCGAUGCGCGCGACUGCGGAUCAAGGUAGUCAUCAUAAAACCCGACGAUAAAUUCUUCUGCUUUGAACCCGAACCUGUUGUAGAGGAGCUGCGGUGUCAUCAGGUUAUAGGUCGUGUCAUGAUGGACAGUAUUGACUUACCAUGGCAGGAUUAUUGAUUGAGACAUGUAGGGUGAUAUCUUUGUUUGGAUUUAGCGUAAUCAGGUGGUAGAGC